GCUGCAACUAUGUUUGUUGGCAUGACGUUUCCGUUCUUCGGUGGGCUUUUGGCGUUCUUUGGUGGAUUUGCGUUUGCUCCAACCACAUACUUUAUCCCUUGCGUCAUUUGGUUAGCAAUCUACAAACCCAAGAAAUACAGCUUGUCUUGGUGUGCAAACUGGGUGUGUAUCAUGUUCGGUCUUUGCUUAAUGAUUCUAUCGCCGAUCGGAGGGCUAAGAACAAUCGUUAUUCAAGCAAAGGAUUACAAGUUUUACUCGUAAAUUUGCUAUUAUUAUAUAUGUCAUAUGAUUAAUUUAAGAAACAUAUUUUUAUAUAUGUGUGUGAAGGAGUUUUUUUAAAAGAUCAACACGAGACAUAGAAGAACCAAUGGUCUUGUCUGAUUCUAAAAUGUAGUUUCUAGCUUUUGUAUUUUUGUGUGUUUACAUUAUAUAUAAAAAAAUCAGGUUUCAAAUUGUUUGGUUUUA